UUUGGAGGGCAGAGGUAUGAAGAAGUAGAGAUAGCAAAAGUGUGGUGCACUGUUCUGGAGGGAAUUGAAUGCUGUGGAAAGAGAAGAUUUCUGCGUGAUGGUUUCCCUUGUAUAAAGUACAAUGGACACUACUUUGUAACAACACUCAUUUACAGUGUACUGCUUGGGUUCCUUGGCAUGGACCGAUUUUGCCUUGGUCAAACGGGAACAGCUGUUGGCAAACUACUUACAAUGGGUGGUGUAGGGAUUUGGUGGAUUGUAGACAUAGUUCUUUUAAUCACAGGUUCUUUAACCCCUGAAGAUGGCAGCAACUGGAAUCCUUAUGUGUGAUGUAAAACAUUGAUUAAGUGUAAAUUCUAGAGAAACCUCUGUGCACAAUGGCUGCAGUCACCAACAACAAUGCAAGGAAUUCGAAUUAGGGCUGGAGAGAAGAAAUUAAACAAA